AUGAUCUCUUCCACGCCAUCUUCCUCGUCAUUGUUGAUCGAGAAGGCACAACAACCACAACCACCACUACCAUCAUCAUCACUCUCCGAACAACCUUCAACAAUUGAAGAAACCCUUCUCUCAUUGGAAGAAAUCUUUCCUCAAGAUGCCUCUACAUUAAAAGACAUCCACACACUCCAACUGCAUUGUAGAAAGGCUGAUCAGAGCGAUGUCCUUCGGGCCAUGGUGAAGGAAGAGGCUGGAUUUGUGGAGACGACUCUGAAUGAUCAUCAUGAUGAUUCUUUUGGAGUAUUCAGCAAAGAAGACCCAAUUGGAGACUCAUCGUCCGAUCAAGAAAACAACUCUACCAACAAGGGUGUCUUUGGAGAAGAGACAAAGGCGUCCUCUUCUUCUGAUGCUGUUGUGGAUAUCGAAGACUUGGAUGAGGAGAGUCUGGAACAAUUGAUCUCUCAACUCUUGAAAUCCAAUCCACUCGAAGAUGAAGAGUCCUCUCUGCAACAACAACAAUUCCUGAUGAGAGAGGAUUCAUUGAAACCACCUGAACCAGGUUUAAAUGAAGUGAAAAAACAAGUUGAAUUUCCUCCCCAACAUGAUGACAAAGAAGAAAAUGCUCAAAUGGAAUCGGUGGGACAUAUUGUUCGGGAUUCUCAUCGACGACGUGACCAAUUGUUGAAAGAAAAAUUCAGGAUUGUUCGGGCAGUACCAACAACUACAGGCAGCUCUCUUUCCCAGUCGCAUUCUGUUCCUUUCAUUUCCAUAACAUUUAGUCAUGAUAUGAUUGAAGAAUUUAAUGCUGAUCCAUUGCCAUUUGAAGCCAUUGAUUUUGUGGAGAUUGUACCUGUCACACAGAACAUUAAGGAAGGAAAAUGGAAAUGGAUUGGAACAAAAUCAUUGUUAUUCCAGCCCAAGUUUAGAUUUGAUCGAUCCACAUCAUUUACAUACCGAGUGUUGCAAGAAAAAACAAAGAGUAUCUAUGGCCAAGUUUUGGACAGUACUCUUGAAGUGACAUUUAAAACACCAACCAUGACAUUAUCGAGAUUUGUUCCUUAUGGCACAUUUCCCAUUUCUCAAGUACCGUUUUGCUAUCUCGAAUUUGAUCAAGACAUGGAUCCACAACAAGUAAUCAACUUUGUGACCGUGAAAACUUCAUCACUCCUCUCUAGUGGGACCCCUAUUUCAUUUGAAUUAUUUACAGAUAUCAAAUUAAUAGAACAGACUUUGAAAGAUUUGUAUUUUAAGAAAAAAUUCAACCAGGUGUACAACAUGUACGCUCAUGUCUUAAAGAAUAAUGACAGUGCUUCCUCCAAGAGACACUUUUGGAUCAAGUUGUUGAUUGACAAUGAAACUGUUAAUGCUGGCAAGGGCUAUCCAAAGAUAGGACUUGGUGAAAAAAUUGCUGUUUCUAUUAAGGACGGUGUUCCAUCUUUGGAAGGUCCUCUUCCUUCAAACUCUCCCUCUUUAUUUUAUAUUUAUGGACACGGCAAAAUGAGUGUCACCUAUUAUUAUCCAAAAAGGAGUAUUUUUGACAAAAUAUUUGGAGGUGGCGUUUAUCCAGGAUCAUCCUUUUCCUUCUAUUUAUCAAACCCAAUCGAUUUUGAAAAAUUCAAGCACAUUGAAGAAUUUAUCAGUGUUGAGCCUCCAAUCGAACAAAUGAGAAUUAAUAGAAAUACAUCUUCAAUUUCAAUACAUGGUGAUACGAAACCACGAGAAAAAUAUACAGUCACCAUCAAGAAAGGUUUACCAGACAUUUAUGGACAAGAAUUAGAAAGUGAUUUUGUGGCUACGUUUGAAAUUGAGGGGCAAGGAAAAUUGGUUCAUGACACUCUUCCAUAUCAGGCAAUAUUACCUCCAGCAAUGUUCGACAAUGAUGACCCAUUCCUCUAUUUCGACUCUGUAAAUAUUCCAGAGACUCAUGUGGUGAUCAAUCAAAUUGAUCCAGAAGAAUUCUUUGUGGAGACAAAUAUUCCUAAAAUCAAAGGUGACACGUAUGAAUACUUUGAUUGGAAUCCAAAGAAACCAAUUUCAUUUGGAAAAGUUGUUAUGGAUGGAAAGUUAAAACCUGACAAGUUUGAAAAGGAUAAAGUGGCUUCGAACCAACUUUUUCUUUCCCCAUACCUUCAAAACUCUGCCCAGAAAACUGGCCAACUGUUGGUUCAGUACAAGCCAAAAGACACAAGUUUGAUCUUCAAGACAUUUACUCGUUAUUCUUUGAAGUGGAUUCAAGUGACUAAUCUUUGUGUGGAAAUUAUCAGAGUAACUGGCGAUGAUAAGAUUUCUGUAUUCGUGACCGAUUUUAGUACUGGAAAACCUGUUCCAAAUGCUUCUCUACUUUUCACAUAUUCACAUCACUCUUUCCAUCGAAUUAAGGCAGAAGAGAUUGAAUUUGUAUCUGAGACCGCAACCACCAAUGAGAAUGGUAUUGGCUACUUGCCACCCAUCUCUAGCUCCAUGAAUUAUUCACGAAUACUCGUAAAGACUGACACAGAUAGUGUUUUGAUGAGUCAUCCUCUAAUUACAACAGUUCCAAUUCGUACAUCCUAUCUGAAGGCUCACAUUAUUACCGAUCGAGGUCUCUACAAACCAAAAGAAACUCUACAUGUGAAGGGCUAUCUGAGAAACAUUAAUUUCAAUAAUAAUAAGAAAAGCGACCUAUUUGGAACAUACUCUGUAGACAUUCCUCAAAACCUCGAAGUUUCCUAUGUUGUUCAAGACAGCCACAAUGUGGCCUAUACCAAGGGAUCCAUUCGCACCACUCAGAAUGGAACGUUUUCUUUUGACGUACAACUUCCAGACAAUGUCAAACUCGGAACACACAGCAUUCAAAUUUCCACCAAAGGAUAUUCUUCUUAUACAAACUUUUCAGUGGAAGAAUUUCGAACGCCAGAGUACAUUGUGCAAACUUCUGUCAUUCCUUCCUCUUUGAAAACCAAUAACUUUAUUGGAGAUCAAAUACUUUUCAAAACAGAAGCGAAUUAUUACAGUGGUUCUGGGCUCAGUAAUGCCAGUGUCAGCUCGAACUUUAUGACCAAACCAACAAGUUUUACACCUGAAGGAUGGAGUCAUUAUAGCUUCCAGGAAUCUGACCAUUCGUCCACAUGUACCUAUUGUUAUAAUUUUAUACAGAAAGAAAAGAGAAGAUGGCAUCCCAACGCAUAUUUGACCUCACAAACAGGUUCAGAUGGCAACUCGUAUGCAUUGGUGCAAGUAUGGGAUCCAGAAAAAACCAUUGUGUCUCCUCUUGAAAUUACAUGCAAAUCCAAUGUGCAAGACAUUAAUCGACAAACACAUGGAACAACUUCCAGCGUGAUUGUGCAUGCCUGCAAAUACUAUGUUGGUGUGAGAUGCAGCAAAAGAGUAGUCAUGAAAGCAGAUGAGAGGAUUGAUUGUUUCUUCAUCGUUACGAAUAUUCAAGGAAAACCAAAAACUGGAAUUCCUAUUCAAGUCAAAAUUGUGAAAUUUGAUGUUUCCUCUUCAGGUUACAACACAGUGGAAACAUUGACACCCAUUCGUCAAUUCAGUUUGAUUUCGACUACAGAACCACUGCUCUAUUCCUUCUCAUUGGAAAACGAUACUCAAGACUUGGCCUAUGCCGAAUAUGGAAUUCUGUGUGAAGUUCGUGAGGCAAGUAUCCCACGGUUUAGAAGUGGAGUGAACCGUGCAAUUAUUCCAAUUCGGAAAUUUGGUUUCAAGAAACAUUUGCAACCCAAGGGAUAUGCUGUUCUGACUUCGUCGACUCUGGAUAUUGUGAGUGACAAAUUCGAGAAUGACCACUAUCUUCCUGGUGAAGAUGCCAAGAUUUACGUUUCCAAUCCAUUUCAUGGAGAUGCUAUUGGGUUCAUGUUUGUCACUUGUAAUGGUCUUGUGAAAAAGGAAAAUUUUGAAAUUAAGGCCGAUGUUGGUUAUGCACAAUUAACAGUUCCUAUUCGAAAGGAAUACAGACCGAAUAUUGAAGUCAUUGUUAAAUUAUAUGGACAAGAUCAAUAUGUGGAUGAGAAUGACAAGAACCGUUCUAAUCCUACCUAUGCCACUGGGCGCGUGUCACUCAAAGUCUCUAAGGAACACCAUGAAUUGGACGUUGCUAUCAUUCCAAAACAUAGUAUCACCGGACCUGGUAAAGAAACUUCUGUGGAAGUAAUUGUGACCGAUAAGCAAGGAACAAAUCAAUCGAAUUGUGAAGUGUGUUUAAUUGUGGCUGAUGAGGCAGUUCUUGACAUGGCAAAGCAUGAAAUUUCAAAUCCAUUAGCUGUCUUUUUACCUAACAAUAAUUGCAGUACUGAAUUUCAAAACAAUCGAGACCUGGUGCGAUAUUGGUACUAUCCUCCCAAAAAUCGACAGGAAUUGGAGCUGCAAAAAGAAUUCGAAGCCUCUCAAAGACAGCAAGUGGCGUCAAACUUUGACUGUCGGGACGAAGAUAAUUAUUGCGAGAGAGAGUGUGCUCUCGAUUGUAUCACAUGCCAAAAUGAAUGUUGCUCGAAAAAGUGCCGAUCAUGUUCGUUGGGAGGUGGUCUAUUCAAAUCAUGUUUUUGCUGUCGUUCGUCGUCAUGCUCAAAUCACACGAUUGGUGCGUCUUGUUCAGGAGGUGCCAUGUGUCGUUGUUGUGGUGAUGCAGGAGGAAGAGGAGGUAAAAAAGAUACAAAGGUGAACAUGACUAGGGAAUUGGCUGAAUCCUUAAUGCAAGGACGUCAACACGAAUUUAAUGUCAGAACUGACUUUCGACCAGAUGCUCAUUUUGUGGGAUUUGCUCAAACUGACCAGGAAGGCAAAGUGAAAAUUGAUUUCAAACUUCCUGACAGUUUGACUCGCUUCAGGAUCACUGCUUUGGCUUGUGCCUCAAACGAUCGAUUUGGUGUCAAUACUUCGAAAAUUACAACGUGCCUUCCAAUCAGUUGCAGACCAUCUUUACCUCGUUUCUUGAAUUAUGGAGAUGCAUGUGACUUGACUUAUGUUUUACAAAACCAAACCACAGCAACUCUCACUGUUGCUCUUGCUUGUCAUACCUCUAAUCUGCGAUUGAUGCACAAGAAUCAACUACAACGCAAGAGAGGAAUUACGGUUGUGUUGAAAGGCCUUGAAAGAAAGGAAGUACGUCUUCCUGUUCAAGUUCAGAAAUGUGGUAAAGCUAGAAUUAAUGUCGGUAUUCGGGUGGUGAGGGCAGUUUCAGCUUCUUCCUCCUCAUCAGACACACAGGAUUCUGCGGAUUAUAUGGUUGGUUGGAGUGAUGCUGUUAAGAAUGAUAUUAAUGUUUUCACACCAGCAACCACAGAAGCGUUUGCAACGUAUGGAGAUAUUCAAGACAAGACCUCUGUCAUUGCACAACCAGUGUCACUUCCUAACAAGCGAAUUCUUUCACAAUUUGGAGAGUUUAGCUUUUCAACCAGCACGACUGCUCUCUCAACACUCACGGAUUCCCUCCUUUAUUUAUUUACCUAUCCAUAUGAGUGCACUGAACAACUUGCAAGCAAAAUUAUUGGAGUUGUGUGUAUGAAAGAUAUUAUUUUACAAUUCUACACGCCACAACAAUUGAAAAAAUUGAUGGAUAUUAGCUCAGCAGAAGAAAUUGACGCUUUUGUCAAGGAAGAAUUGAAAAAGAUCUUUGAUCGACAAAAGAGUGAUGGUUCAUUUUCAGUUUGGAAAACAACCUUAAUUGGAGAUCCAUUUUUGACUUGUCAUGUGGCACUCUGCUUUGCCAAAUGUAAACAAUACGGAUACGAAAUACCAAGUCACGUGUUGGUUCCAUUGAAACAAAUUCUUAUACGAAUUGAAUCACUCUUCUUUUUAGGAUUCUUGUGGCCACGAAUUAUUAAGGACACAAUCAAAUCAUUUGCCUAUUAUGUUUUUUCCUUACUCAUGGAAUCCGAUGAAGACAAGAAGAAAGUACGAGAGUGCUGUGUCAAUGUGUUGUCACACUACAAGGAUGUGAGUGAUUUAACUACUGAAAUCAGUCCAGAUUGUGCAGCUUGGUUAGCGGUUGCAUUAAAUCGUUCCGUCAUUGAUAAAAGUGAUGAACAGAAAGAAAAUCAAGGUUUAUUGUCCUUCCUUUUUGAUAAGGGUCUUACUGCUCAUCAAUGGCUACAACAAUUGAAAACAUACUUUAAGGAAAAUAUCACCGUUGAUUCUGGUGUUUAUGCCCAUUUUGUGACCUCCUAUAGAGAUGACGAAACAGCAAAGGCAGUGAUGUUGCAUUCAGAUGUGAGAACCAAUGCCAAUGUCAUGUCAACUCUCAUGGAAAUUGAUCGAGAAGACUCGAGUGAUUUAAUUCAAAAAUUAUUGAGAAGCGUUUUGGCAGAGAGAAAUACCAAUCAAUAUGGAAGAUGGGGAAACACCAUCGACAAUUCCUCGUGUAUAAUUUCUGUCACUGAUUAUUUCAUAGAAUUUGAAAAGGACAUUCCUGAUAUGACUGUGAAUACAUGGCUUGUCGACACCAACAAGCAAGACGAAACUCUCUAUUUAGGAGCUCAAACUUGGAAAGGACGAAGCAAAGAUAAGAUCACCACUACGUUACCAGUGAAGGCCUUUGUUCCAAGACAAUUCGUUGAAGAACAAGUCAUUGAUCCAAAACAACAUUUGGAAAAUUGUAAAAAGGAAUUGGUCGUUUCCAAAGUUGGAGAUGGAAGACUUUAUUAUCGAAUUGGACUCAGUUAUACUCCUGAAAAUUUAACACUUUCAGCAUUGGAUCGAGGUUUAUCAAUCUCUAGAAUUUAUGAAGGAGUGACCAAACAGGAGCAUGUCACGUUUGAUAAGAAUGGAAAUACAUGGAAAAUCAAAUCUGGUGAACUUGUUCGUGUCACUCUCACAUUUACCAACACCGUUCGAAGAUACAACAUUGCUUUAAUGGACAAAUUACCUGCUGGUUUAGAACCUGUGAAUCCUGAAUUGGAGAGUCAACAUUUAGAUUUGCAAGAUGUAAACCAAUCGAAUUUGGACAUGACCAAAUAUUGGAAUGGAUGGUUUGAACAUCAAAAUAUUAGAACUGAACGGGUGGAAGCAUUCACAAGAAUUCUCAUCGAAGGUUCUCAUACCUACAGCUACAUUGCACGAGCCACAACCAUUGGAUCCUUUGUGGCUCCACCAAGUCAUGUUGAAGAAAUGUAUUGUCCUGAAUGUUUCGGAAGAUCUAAAACUGAAUUUGUUCAAGUUUAUGAAUAG